AUGGCUUUUCUAAAAAAUAUACUGUAUAUAUUUUUAUUAACUGUAUUAUUUUUUGCUCCAUUAUUAGCCUUUGGCGAUGACAGCAAGGAAACAGUGUUUCUUCCACCCGAUACUGUAGAGAUUACUGGCGAAUUCACAGAUAAUCCUUUUAGCCAUAUUGUAAAUGGACAAAAGAACACUAUCAAGGUUACGUUUGAUAACAAAGGAGAAACUAAUUAUACCAUAACCAUGAUAGGAGGCGCAUUGGUUAAUAAAGAUAAUCCGUCCGAAAUCUUUCGUAAUUUGACAGCCUAUAAAUACAAUCAUAUUGCACCUUCCAUGGAUCAUGUUGAUCUUAUUUAUAAUUUCUAUGCGGAAUUUCCUCCUCAAGAAUUAGACCUCCUCCUAUAUAUUCUGUUUGCUGAUGAGAAUUUAAAGAAAUUCAAAGGCGUUGCCUAUAAUGGGACGGUCACGGUUGUUGAUCCAGACGUAUCCAUCUUUGAUUUACAACUUCUUUUCAUGUGGUUGAUUCUUAUUAUGGGAUUUGGUGGUUUCUUAUACAUGAUUUACCAAGUCUUCUUCGGAGGGGUUAAACCAAAAAAGACCAAGCGUGCUCCGGUUGUUAAAACAGAGACUACUGAUACGGGAACAUCAGAUUUGAAAUAUGAUGAGAGUUGGAUUCCUGAGCAUCAUUUAAAACCACAAACUCGCACAUCAUCUCGUAAGAAGAAAAAUGAUGCAAAGAAAGAUUAA